CUGCAUCAUUCAUUCGUCAGCUUACGGAUCUGAAGGGAGACUACCAUAAUCAUGUCUAGAAUGUUCCUGCCCAUCCUGGCCACUGUGCUCGUCUUUGCCGGAGCUUCGCAGGCAGCCAGCUUGGAGUGGCCCUCGAAUUUGGUGGCCCUCAGUUCGGUCAAGUCCUCGCAGCUGCUUCCCAUUGCCAGCGAAGAUUCCGUUGAGUUGUCUGAGAGCAGUUCGGGAUCUGUCAGCUCAGUCGUUGCCCAACCGGAGCAACAAUCCGAGGAGGAUGAGGAUGAGGAACAGCAGCUUUCCCAGUCCUCCAGUGGCAGUUCGGAUCCCAUCGAUGCCCGUUUGGUUUCAUCCGGCAUACCCGUCUCCGUGCCACUUCCUCUGAUCCUGGCCGCUCGCAAUGGACUGCGUACCGUACUGACCAUUCAGGAGCCGGCUGUGGCCAAGGUAGGUGAGGUGGUGCAGCACGUGCCCACUGCCAUUUCGCAUCAGAGCCAGACGGUGGUGCACGAUCACCGCCGACUGGUCACUCCCAUUGUGGCCCCAGCUGUUCGCACCACCCAGGUGGUUCGCCAGGAGCCACCGCUUCUGUGGACCGUGGCCUCCGAUCCCCGAGUGGUUCUCAUCCGCAACUGAGCAGGCAUGCCAAAGAUCAACAAGAUGAACUCGCCAAAUCUAUGAUAUUACUACUCUUAAUUUCUUUUCUCAACCUGAUUACCCACAAAACUCUGUCUCUUCUCUGUCUUCUUUCUUCUGCCAUUUUCUGUAGAAUUCUUCUGUAGUGUGCUUUUAAUAAAGAUUUCACAUUUGCAC